AUGAGGGAUAUUUACACAGCUUCGCCUGGGCUUCCUCAGGAUUUAUCAUGUCGUAAACAAUUCGUAUUAAAAAAUGAAUCCCAAAAAUUACCGGCUAUUCAGGAAGAUUCAGAAGCAUGUUUACCUCCAAUUGCUACAUUUAGCCAUCAUCGACAAAACCGUACUGGUCCUUGUUCCUCCUACGUUGGUAAGUCAGUGAAAUCGGUUGGUCGGAAGCAUCAAAAGCAAUCAAGAUCUAGACGUGCUGAGAAUAAACUUUACUGCAAUUGGCCACAAUGUCCGCGAUUCCUUCUAAAGCAGCCUUUUAAACAAAUGACUCAUUUGAAACGUCAUUUACUUUUACAUAAAAAUCAUCUGAAUCUAUCGUGUUCACAGUGUGGAAAACGCUUUAGUUCGAAAGAAAAUCUUAAAAGGCAUACAAAUGUACAUUCAGGUUUAAAACCAUAUAUGUGUUCAAUUUGUCAUCAAGCGUACUCUAGAACAUCAGAAAGAUCCAGGUGUAUGAAGAAGCAUCAUUUUGAAGAUAAAUAUUUAUCUGAACAGGAUAAACAAUGUUUGUAUAAAGAUGUUUAUAAUGAUUGGGAUUCUUCUGGUUUAUCUGCUUUACAAAUCGAAGAUAAAAUUAAUCAAUCUCGUCCAAGACCAUAUAUCUGUCAAAUAUGUAAUGAUCAUAGAGCGUAUACAGAUCCAAGUUCACUUAGAAAACAUAUGCGCUCUUAUCAUGCACACUUGAAAGAUGAAAAAUCUAUAACUAAUAAUGAUUCUACCAAUGAAUCUGUUAUGUCUAAAUCAAAAUUAUCUAAAACUCUUCCAUGUGAAGAACCUAUAAGUCUUGUACUCGCUAAUUCAACCACUGAUAUAGACGCAGUUGAUCCAUCUCAUUUGUCAUUUGAUAAUUCAUUCACUCCAGAAUCUAAAUCAUUAAUACUUACAAGUGAAUCAGUUUGUCCUAUGAUUAUUACUCCAUAUAAUGUUUUAACAACGUCUAUGACAUCAUCAGAAACACCUGUUACUACUAAUGUUAUGAUUUCUUUUAAUAAAGAUAAUAAUAAUAAUGUUAUCACGGAAUCAAAUAUUUCAACAAAUAUUGUUACUACACCUAGGUAUCAUUUGUUAUUAACGUCAGAUUCUGUUGUAUCUUCAACAAUGAUGACGGUGAUUUCAAUGACAUCAACCACUACCACUAGUACUGCUACUACUACAUUAAGAAAUGAAUAUGAUAGCGAUGUUGCUGUGGAUUUAUGUAAUUCAGCUUUAUGCCUACAAGUUUAUUCCGAUAAAACAUAUACCCCUGUAUCUUCGUCAGAAUUAGGAAGAGUUGAUUCAUUAACUCUACCUUUAUCAACAGUGAAUUCAUCUAACAGUAUUAUACCACAAUAUAUUACAGAAACUAAUCGAAUUAUUGACAAUGGUCUUUCAUCUAAAAAUUUAUUUUAUUCAAAUUCUGGUCUUGAUCUUACUGAUACACAUUAUUUUACAUUGACAGGGGCUACUGAAGCGAUAGAUUUAUCACUUGAUCCCUCUGUAGAUAUAAUAACUGUAAAUCCAAUUGAUUUAAGUUCCUCACAACAUUGUACAACAUUGUUUUUUGAUUCGUCAAAUGAAUGUACCGAUAAUACAUUCUUUACAACACAUACAAUAUGGGAUCCUGAACCAGGUUUCAGUUUUACCGACCUCUUACUUACUAAUAAUGAUGAAGAAUGCGAAACGGAAUUCCCUGAAGUUAUAAUUUACCCUGAAAAUGCUUUUUAUCGUUCAAACGAAACGUUAACUUCUUUUACUACAACUAGCCACAAUGAUACUACUAACAAAUCCGUAAUCAGUAGUGAACUGAAAAUACCAGAUACACAUAUCCCAUCAAUGAAUAACUGUUAUAUUCCAUCAGAUACACUAACGACGACAAUAGAAACAACCUUAACUGGAGGAGUCGGUGAAGAAGGAGGUUAUAACAUACAACCACCACCUUUAGACUUACGCUUAAUACAGUCCAAUAAUUUUUAUUCAUGA